AUGUCUCGCCCCAACCUCCUUCAUCGGCCGUCCAGCGUGGCCGUUGUGAACAGGACCAUCAUUCUCGUGACUGGCGGCAACGCAGGAAUAGGCUACGAGAUAGUCAAGAAGCUGGCGCUGGAAAACCCCAGGUUCCAAGUCCUCAUGGGCUGUCGGGACACUUUAAAGGGCGAAGAGGCGGUCGCGUCCAUGGGGGCGCCGACCAACGUCAACCCGAUACAACUCGACAUCACGGACGACGAGUCGGUCGAGCAGUGCUAUCUGGCCAUCGCGCAGCACUUUGGCCGGCUGGACAUCCUGAUCAACAACGCCGGUACGGGUGCCAGGGAGCUUCCGCCCGACGCAACGCUACGCGACAAGUACAACUUGACCUACAACGUCAACGUCAUCUCCACGGCUGUGCUGACCGACAAAUUGAUUCCCUUGUUGGAAAAGUCCAAACUGCCCAAGAUCAUCUUCAUCUCCUCCGGUCUCGGGAGUAUCGAGCGGACGCUGCAACGUGGCAAACCCAUCCCCGUUCCCUGGUACAGCACAAGCAAAUCAGGCCUCAAUGCGUUGGCAGUGUAUUAUGCAAAUAUGCAUCCCGAGUUCAAAGUCAACGUUGUAUGCCCGGGUCUGCGGGCGACAAAGUUGAACGGAGCUCAUCUGAGCGAGGAGACGCAUCCCAAGCUCGGUGCCGUGCGAGCCGCGCAGCUGGUGGCAGAAGGUCCGGACGGUGUUACCGCGACUUAUUCCAAUUCCGAAGGACCGAUACCGUGGUAG